AUGGGGACGACAGUGGACGAAAUAGAGGUGGUGUUGAGAAGGUUUGGGGAUGAGCAAAGCACACUGCUGGACCAGUUUGAAAGGUUAUCGUUUGAGAUCCGUUUGAACCAGGCUAUGCUGGGUAGAAGUCUAUCUGAGCCAAGUUUGACUCGGGCUCAAGCACCACCAUCGGUUCUACCACCUCUGGUUUCGCAAGUACGUCAAGGGCGGCGGCGACGGCGUUCCGGCUUCCAGAAAGUUCUGAAGAAGUUGCUCAACCCAAUUCUUGGUAGAAAGUGGGGAAAAAAAGACGUUCCAGAUCCAAAGGACACCAGUCUCUUCCACACGCUCUUAUAUGCCUCCCUUGCAAUCCCCAUGCCAUCGACCGUCCUCUGCCCUUCAGUCUCUCCCAUUCUAUUUCCUACAACGAAAGGCCUUUUCUUCUUCAGCAACCAAAAUAGAAACCAAGCAGAUAGGUUGAUUUUCUUAGCAGCACGACCAAUCACUGUUAGAAAUACUUCACAUAGCUCACCGUCGACCACUCUAUGUCUUAUUAAGAAAUCUGGAAGCUUAUCCCCAAAAGAUUUUUCUGGGUCAAUAGGUAAAAGGGAAAUUAGCCUGAUUGAGAAAAACAAUGUCUUACCCAUCAAGGAAGAAGACAGCCUUAAUCUUGACAAUUCAAAUAGUAGAUUACAAGUCCGAGAUUUGGGUGAUAGACUUAGAGCACUGCCAACUACUGAGAGAAUUAGAAUCAUCGAUAUUGUGGAGAAAGAUACUGGAUCUCAGACCAUAUCUGUCUUCAAUGCCGUGAUCAUGGAUUUGGUCACAGCAAAUGAGCCUGAACUUGCAUUGAAACUGUACUCCAAUAUAUCAUUUUAUGGGUUAGUGCCAGAUGAUUGGACAUAUUCUAUUAUGAUCGGUUGUUACUGCAAAANCAGCCUUAAUCUUGACAAUUCAAAUAGUAGAUUACAAGUCCGAGAUUUGGGUGAUAGACUUAGAGCACUGCCAACUACUGAGAGAAUUCGAAUCAUCGAUAUUGUGGAGAAAGAUACUGGAUUUCAGACCAUAUCUGUCUUCAAUGCCGUGAUCAUGGAUUUGGUCACAGCAAAUGAGCCUGAACUCGCAUUGAAACUGUACUCCAAUAUAUCAUUUUAUGGGUUAGUGCCAGAUGAUUGGACAUAUUCUAUUAUGAUCGGUUGUUACUGCAAGAAAAAUGAACCAAUUGAGGCCAAGAGUGUUCUAGACUGCAUGAUGGAAAAAGGGUUUCAACCCAAUGUUGCAAUAUUCACUACGUUGAUCAAUUCAUUUUGCAAAAGGGGAAGAUUGCAAAAUGCUUUUGAGGUUUUUAGGGUCAUGAAACGAGUCAAAUGCGAGCCAACAAUCAAUACAUACAAUUGCUUGUUAAAGGGGCUGUGCUAUGUAGGGAGAGUAGAGGAUGCUUCUGAAAUGUUGAUGAAUAUCAAGAAAUCUUCCAUGAAACCAGAUAUUUAUUCGUACAGCACGGUUAUGGAUGGUUUAUGCAAAGUGGGUCGUUCUAAAGAAGCAACGGAGUUGCUUGAUGAAGCGCUGGAAAUGGGACUAGUCCCAAAUGUGGUGACUUUCAAUUCUCUGUUGAAUGGGUAUUUCAAAGAGGGAAAGCCAUUGGAGGGAAUAGUUUUGUUGAAGCAAAUGAAGGAGAGAAAUUGCAUGCCUGAUUAUAUCAGUUACAGCACAUUGUUACAUGGGCUGUUGAAGUGGGGCGAGAUUGAGGUAGCUUUGAGAAUUUAUAAGAAGAUGUUAGGGACUGGUUUUGAGGUGGAUGAGAGGAUGAUGAACACACUGCUGAGAGGACUAUGCAGAAGAUCUCGACGAGACAAAGGGCUGUUAAAAGAUGCAUAUGAAGUAUUUGACAAAAUGAAAAACAGAGGCUAUGAUGUUUAUCCUGAUACUUGUGGCCUUAUUAUUGAAGUUUUUUGCAGUAGAAAGAAGGCUGGGAAGGCCCUAGUGAAUUUACGCGAGAUGGUUAGAACUGAGAAUUCUCCAAGGACGAUCACCUUCAACAAUGUUAUUCGAGCGCUUUGCGUUGAGGGGAUGAUCAAUGAGGCAUUGGAGGUUUUAGUCUUACUCAUAUAUGAAGGCAAUAGGAUUCCUGGUAUGAUUUCAUAUAACAUUUUGAUCAAAGAGUACAAUGAAAGGGGAAUGACAUUGAGCGCUUGCAAUGUAUAUGGUGCAGCAUUGAAAAGAGGGGUGGUUCCACAUAGAAAGAAGGCUGGGAAGGCCCUAGUGAAUUUACGCGAGAUGGUUAGAACUGAGAAUUCUCCAAGGACGAUCACCUUCAACAAUGUUAUUCGAGCGCUUUGCGUUGAGGGGAUGAUCAAUGAGGCAUUGGAGGUUUUAGUCUUACUCAUAUAUGAAGGCAAUAGGAUUCCUGGUAUGAUUUCAUAUAACAUUUUGAUCAAAGAGUACAAUGAAAGGGGAAUGACAUUGAGCGCUUGCAAUGUAUAUGGUGCAGCAUUGAAAAGAGGGGUGGUUCCACAGUGGAAGCCCAGCCAAAGUUCAACAAAUUGA